AUGUCAGCUAUUUAUAAGGCAUUACAAUCCAAAAGUUCGAAGGAAACUUCCGAAAAGACUAAGCAUAUAAAUAGACAAAGAUUGUUAGUGAUAUCAUCCAGAGGUGUUACUUAUAGACAUCGUCAUUUAAUUAAUGAUUUAGUUGCUUUAUUACCACAUGCUAGAAAAGAACCUAAAUUUGAUUCUAAAAAGAACUUAUAUCAAUUGAAUGAAGUUGCUGAAUUAUAUAAUUGUAAUAAUAUCUUCUUUUUUGAAGCUAGAAAACAUCAAGAUUUAUAUUUAUGGAUUUCUAAACCACCAAAUGGUCCAACCUUAAAAUUUCAUGUACAAAAUUUACAUACUUUAGAUGAAUUGAAUUUCAUUGGGAAUUGUUUAAAGGGAUCUAGACCUAUUUUGAGUUUUGAUAAAUCAUUUUUAGAAAAUGAUCAUUAUAAAUUAAUUAAAGAAUUAUUAACUCAUUGUUUUGGAGUUCCACCAAAUGCUAGAAAAUCUAAACCAUUUAUUGAUCAUGUCAUGACUUUUUCCAUUGUUGAUAAUAAGAUAUGGAUUAGAAAUUAUCAAAUCAAUGAAUCCAAGGAUGUUAAAGAUGCUGCAGAAAAUGGUGAUGAAGGUAAGAGUGAAGAAUUAAAUUUAGUUGAAUGUGGUCCUAGAUUUGUUUUAACUUUAAUAACUAUCUUGGAAGGUUCCUUUGGAGGUCCAAAAGUUUAUGAAAAUAAACAGUAUGUUUCACCUAAUUUUGUUAGAGCUCAAGUAAAACAAAAAGCUGCUGAUCAAGCUAAAUCUAGAGCUGAAGCUGCACUUGAUAGAAAAUUAAAGAAGAGAAGUAAUGUAUUGAAAAUCGAUCCAUUAUCCAACGAUGCUUUAUUCAAGUGA